AUGUGCCUCACUCUGGAGACGCAGAGGGUGUUAGAGCACACAUUACAGGUGUCGCCUACCUCUCUCAAGCCAGUUGAUGAAGUGCUUGACAUUCUCCAGGCUCAUAUACGUGACUCCAACAACGAGGCAUUGGGUCGGCGAGCCUUCACUAGCUGUCGGCAGGCGAGAGGCGAGCCCUUCUCCGAGUUUCUCGUCCGACUGAAGAGCCUGGCGGAGGAAUUCGACAUCUGUAAGGCUCACCACCUGGACUGUAAAGAGGCCUGGAUGAAGCACGGUAUCCUGACAGGCGUCCACGACGAGGAAUUGGUGACCAAGAUUGUGUCCCUCGACGCCGCCUCUACUCUUGCUGACGUCAUCAAUGUAUGCAGGGCCCACGAGGCGACGCGGUCAGCCGCCUCUGCUAUACGUGCCUCACCUACAGUGUCUGCUGUCUCUACGUAUAAACAGACGAAGAAAGCAGCACACAAACCUGGAGUCCCCCCUCGCCAACCUUCACCCACUCAUCAGGUGCCUACCUCCUGCAGCAGCUGCGGCGGGCGAGACCACGGCCCGAAGGGCUGCCCAGCAACAGGUGUUACGUGCAGAGGUUGUGGGAAGACUGGCCACUACGCUUUGAUGCCCAAGUGCCCAGCCAGGCAGUCUACGUGCACUGCUUGUAACCGUCUGGGCCACUUGGAGAAAGUCUGCAAGCAAACCAGGGCAAGGAGGUCUCAUGAGGGCCCACCUGAGGCCUCAUGUCAGUCUCCUAUCAGUACUCGUGAUGACCCGACACCUCCUCCUACUGUACGAGUGGAAGUGUUGCAUGACGGUCACUCUGGUGGUCUGGACUUCAUUCCCGACACUGGUGCCGACACGACGGUCAUCGGCCCACAGCACUUGAGAAUGUUGGGCAUCGACAGACAGGCUCUUGGUCCUCCUCCAUCCCUUGCCUACUACAACGCUGAUGGGACGAAGAUGUCUGCUGCCCUCGGUUCGCUCCAUGCCACACUAGUUUACGGCAAGCUGUCUUGUACGGGCUGGAUAGAUGUGCAGGGUUCGUGGAACACCCCACUUCUGUCCCGUGAACACUGUCGUGCUUUGGGGAUCGUGCCUCACGACUUCCCUGCUCAGAUUUUCUCAGCACGAGGCAGUGUCGCCAGUGUAAGGGAGACGACAAACGCUCCAGCUCCACGUUCCAGCGUGCCUGCAUUACCUCUUCUCAGCACCACUUCCCCAGACGCAGCGAAGGAGUACUUCUUGAAGGAGUACCAGGAUGUCCUCUUGACAAAGGAUUGCACACAGGAUGCUCCACUCAAGCCGAUGUCUGGACCGCCGAUGAGGAUCCACUUACGAGACGAUGCCCAGCCGUUUGCUGUCCACACGCCGAGGCUUAUUCCUUUGGCUUACAGGGACGCAGUGAAAGCUGAGCUGGACUCUAUGGUGGCACGAGGCGUUAUUGCUCCUGUUGGUGACGUCCCAUCUUAUUGGUGCCAUCCGAUGGUUGUUGUGCCGAAACCUGGUGGAGGUGUCAGGAUCACUACGGACCUGAGUAAGUUGAAUGCACAAGUAUCUCGGCCUGCACACCCAUCACCCACGCCUUUUGCAGCCAUCCGGAACGUCGAUGCCAGGGCACGCUACUUCACCACGAUUGACGCGUUGUGUGGAUACUGGCAGAUACCCUUGCAUGAGGACGACCAGGCCCUGACUACGUUCAUCACUCCAUAUGGGCGCUUCAAGUACCUCCGAGGUCCCAUGGGUUUCGCAGCCACAGGCGACGCCUUCUGCCUCCGAGGAGACAUCGCGCUAGAGGGAGUGCCACAGUGUGUCAAAGUCGUGGAUGACAUUCUCGUGUACGACGAGGAUUACUUCACACAUCUACGCCACGUUAACGACAUCUUGGCCAGAUGCCGAGCCCAUGGCAUCACUUUAAAUGCCAAGAAGUUUGUGCUGGCGGCUCCAUCAGUGUCCUUCUGCGGCUACAGGCUCUCCCAUGACGGCAUCGCAGCAGACCCUGACAAGGUUCGGGCCAUCACUGAGUUUGCUACGCCUGCUACGUUGACCGACCUUAGGUCCUUCAUGGGCCUUGUCAACCAGCUCGCCAGCUUCUCGCCCGACCUCGCUGCCACUGCUGCGCCUCUACGCCCACUUUUGAGCCCCAAGAAGUCGUUUGUGUGGACGCCCGACCAUGAGCAAGCCUUCCAACGUGUGAAGAUGGCCUUGGCCAGCCCACCAGUCCUUGCUGCCUUUGACCCUGCUCUCCCUACGACUCUGCAGACCGAUGCUUCCCGCCUGUAUGGGCUGGGUUAUACCUUACUGCAGGACCACGGUGGUGGACAGCAGCGUCUCGUCCAGUGCGGCUCACUUUCUUGA